AUGAGGGGCCAACUCCUGCUCCUGGCUGUGCUCCCAGCGCUCCUGCGUCCUCCAGCUGCCAUGGCACAGAAGAGGAGCCAAGCAGUGUGUGAGGAUGUGCUGGAGGCUGACAUCGCCUUCCUGGUGGAUGGCUCAUCCAGCAUCGGAAGGAACAACUUCCGUGCUGUCCGCACCUUCAUGGAGGAGUUGGUGGGGCCCUUUGUGCAGGUGGUGGGUGAGAAGGCAGUGCGCUUUGCCAUGGCACAGUACAGUGAUGACCCACGGGUGGAGUUCUCAUUCUCCCAGCACACUGAUGGCACAAGUGUCCGGAGGGCCAUCCAGCAGCUGAGCUACAAGGGUGGCAAUACACGGACAGGCGCUGGCCUCCGCUACAUUGCUGACAACUUCUUUGGCCCCACGCAACGCCGGCCUGGGGUCCCCCAGAUCUGCAUUCUCAUCACGGAUGGCAAGUCCCAGGACGAUGCCGAGGGGCCAGCAGCGAAGUUGAAGAGCCAGGGCAUCAAGGUCUUUGCCGUGGGUAUUAAGAAUGCUGACCGCAAGGAGCUGAUCCGUGUGGCCUCAAUGCCUACUGAGGCCUUCUUCUUCUACAUCGGCGAUUUCAAGCUGCUGGACACGCUGGUGCCACUGAUGACACGAAGGGUGUGCACGACUGUUGGGGGCACCCUGCGCCUGCUGGAUGGGCCAAGCCACGCUGGCCCCUCCAACCUGGAGAUCCCGGAGCAGGGCCUCGACAGUCUGCAGGUCCGCUGGAGAGCAGCCAGUGGUCCCAUCACUGGCUACCGGGUGCAGUACGUACCCCUGACAGGGCUAGGGCAGCCCAUCAUGGCAGAGAGGCAGGAGGUGAGCGUGGGGCCACGGGAGACAAACACCGUGCUACGGGGACUGCGUGUUGGGACAGAGUACCUGGUCACUGUCACCGCCCAGUACGCCAACAGCAUCGGCGAGUCGGUGUCUGGCCGAGCACGAACCCGGCACCUGGUGGGCGUGCAGCACUUGACUGUCCACAACGUCUCGGCACAGAGCAUGCUGCUGGCCUGGCAGUCUGUCAGGGGCGCGACUGGCUACCGGCUCUCCUGGGCAACCCGCACUGGGCAGGACAGGCGCAGGGUGGACCUGGAUGCCGCACAGGUGUCACAUGCAUUGGUGGGGCUGCAGCCCAACACCGACUAUGUGGUGACAGUGGCCCCACUCUUCGGGCAGCUGGAGGGGCCCACAGCCACUGUGCAGCAGAGGACAGAGGCAGGUACAGACCAGAUGCUGCAGACCAACAUCCUGGGCCCCACAUCCAUCCAAGUGCUCUGGACCAGUGCCCGUGAUGCUCGUGGCUACCGUCUGGAGUGGAAGAGAGCCACAGGACCAGAGCCCCCCAGAACAGUGUCUCUCCCCAGCAGCACCAAUACUUACCAGCUGACGGGGCUGAAGCCAGGCACCGAGUACCGCAUCACCCUCUACACGCUCUAUGAUGGUGGGGAGGUGGCCACCCCUGUCACCACCUUUCAGACAGGUGUGGAGGCACCCGUGGGUGCUGUGUCAGACCUGCGGCUCGUUGAGGAAUCGGGCAGGUGGGUACGGCUGAGCUGGACCGGUGUCCCCGGUGCCACCGAGUACAAAGUGGUGGUGCGCAACAACCAGGAUGGCACGGAGAGGACGAGGCGCAUCCCAGGCAGCCAGACGGGGCUGGAGCUUGGUGACCUCCGGGAGGGCAUCACCUACCUGGUGCGUGUCUCGGCACUAGCGGGCAGCCGGGAGGGCAGUGCUGCCACGCUUACCGUCCGCCUCAAGUAUCCAGAGGUGGGCAGCAUUUCGGAUCUGCGGGUGAUGGAGGCCGGUCCCAGCCAGCUGCGGGUCACCUGGCGAGGGCUCCCAGGUGCUGGGGGCUACCUGCUGACGUGGCAAGGCAGUGACGGUCUGAAGAAAUCCCGCUUCCUCCCUGCUGACCCCACCACCUUCACCAUCGAUGGGCUGCACGCCAACAUCGUCUACACCGUCGGUGUCUCAGCCAUUGUGGAUGGCCGUGAGGGCAGCCCUGUCACUGCCACGGGACGGAUAGUGCCGGAGCAGGUGGGGAAGGUGACCCAGCUGGAGGUGCAGGCAUCCAGGAGCAAUGUUGCCCGUGUCACUUGGGUCGGUGUGCCGGGAGCCACUGCCUACCGUGUGGUGUGGAGCCGCAGGGAUGGGGGGUCGGAGAGUAGCCGGCGAGUUCCUGGCCACACCAACUCCUUUGACAUCCCCAACCUGGAGGGAGGCGUCUCCUACACUGUGAAGGUGACGGCACUCAUUGGCAACCGGGAAGGCAACCCCGUCUCCGUUGUGGUCACCACCCCGGAGGCAGUCCCCCUACGCCCCGUCAGCGGCUUCCAGGUGACCGAGGCCUCGGAGCACCGCCUGCGCCUGGCCUGGCUGCCAGUGGCUGGCAGCACCGGGUACCGUCUGUUCUGGCGCCUGGCUGAAGGGGGGCCCCAGCAUAGCCAGCAGCUCCCAGCCACCUCCAGCUCUUAUGCCCUGGCGGGACUGGAACCGGGCCGGCACUACCAUAUCAGCAUCACCAGCCUGGCUGGCAGCCGGGAGAGCGAGCCAGCCACCAUCACUGCCAUCACCACUGCCCCAAGCCACAUCACCAGCCUGCGGGUGACAGAGGUGCAGAGGGAUUCGGUGACUCUCACCUGGACCCCAAUUCCCAGUGCGUCUGGCUAUGUCCUCUCCUGGAGCCCUCCUGCAGCUGGUGGGGAGAAGGGGCGGACGCUGCCCAGCACUGCCAGCUCCCAGCAGGUCUCUGGGCUGCGCCUGGGCCAGCGCUACACCUUCACCCUCCGGCCGCUCCUGGGGAGCACACCCGGUGCCGAGGCGUCCGUCACUGAGCGCACAGUCUGCAGGGAUGCCCUCGGUGACGUGGUCUUUCUAGUACACGGCACCCGCAACAGCUCCUCUGGUGCCAAUGCUGUCCGCACGCUGCUCUCCAACACCGUGUCUGCCCUGGGCCGCCUGGGCCCCGAGGGCACACAGGUGGCCCUGGCCACAUACAGCUACCGUAGCCUACCCUGGCUGCUGCUCAACCGCUCCGGUGACCUGCCCACUGUGCUGGAGCAGAUCCGUGCCAUGCGCUAUGAGGAGCCCAGCGGCAACGCCAUCGGGGCAGCCAUCUCCUUUGCCAGGACCUACCUGCUGAGUCCUGGUGCAGGGCGCCGUCCCGGUGUGCCAGCAGUGCUGGUGGUUCUGGCUGACAGCCCCUCUGGGGAUGAUGCCAUCACCGUGGCCAGGGAUGUCAAGGCUGGGGGGGUCCAGGUGCUGGCAGUUGGCCUGGAGGGGGCAGACCGGGAGCAGCUCCAGCGCAUGGUCACCAGUGAGGACCCACGGUACAUUUACCAUGGCAGCGACCUGGCAGAGCUGGAGGGAGAGCUCACUGAUGACCUCUGCACCAUCAUCUCCACCAGGCCGGCGCCGAAGCCACAGCCCUGCACUGUGAAGUGCCCCAAGGGCGAGAAGGGAGACCGCGGUGAGGCAGGUCGCCACGGGCUUCCUGGCUCUCCAGGACCACCAGGGCCACAGGGUCCUCCAGGAGAGAGUGCUGAGGGUCUGGGCAAGAAGGGGGACAGGGGCAUCCAGGGCAUCCCUGGCCCUCGAGGGGAUCCUGGGACACGUGGGCCCAUGGGACUUACUGGCCCAAAGGGGGAGAAAGGUGAACCGGGAGAGCCCAGGGUGAUCACGGAUGGAGAACAGGGGCUGCCAGGCCCAAGAGGGGAGCCGGGUGUGCCGGGCAGCCCCGGCUCACCUGGGAUCCCUGGCCCACGGGGGCCUCUUGGUGAUCCGGGCCCUCCUGGUCCACUCGGACCCAUGGGGCUACCAGGACCUCCAGGAGAGUUUGUGAAGGGAGAAAAGGGUGACCGAGGAGAAAGGGGCCCCCCUGGAUUCGUAGAUGGGGCAGUACCUCGAGGGGACCCUGGACCCCCAGGCCUCCCUGGGGACCCUGGGCCUCGGGGACCUGCUGGGCCCCCUGGCCUGAAGGGAGAGAAGGGUGAUGGUGCAGAAGGUUUUCCAGGCUCACCUGGCCGCCCCGGGGACCCAGGAGACAGGGGUCCUCGGGGACCGCCGGGGGAGCAGGGCAGGAAGGGAGACCGUGGGGCACCGGGCGAGCUGGGAGAGACGGGUGAGAAGGGAGACCGCGGUGUGCCAGGCCCAGAGGGUGAGAAGGGAGCUCCAGGACCGACUGGCCCCCGCGGGGAGAAGGGUGAAAGAGGUUUCCCCGGACCAGAAGGACCUCCUGGCCCCAAGGGUGACACAGGCGAUAAAGGUGCCCGUGGUCCCCCUGGCCUGAGCAUCCCAGGGCCAGCUGGCCCCAAAGGCGAGCAGGGCGAUCGGGGGAUCGUUGGCCUCACAGGCAGGAGUGGCCCAAAGGGUGACCCAGGAGAGCCAGGGGAGAAGGGGGAGCCAGGCCGAGCAGGCACCCCUGGGCAGAUCGGGCUGCGAGGCAAGGAGGGAGAGCGAGGAGAGAAAGGUGACGAAGGCACGCCGGGUGAAGCAGGUCUGCCUGGCAAGCCUGGAGACAGGGGUCCCCGGGGCCUUCCUGGCUACCGUGGUCCCCCCGGGGAGAAGGGUGACCUGGGGGACCCAGGACCUGAAGGCAGGAACGGCAGCCCUGGAGCACCAGGGAGCAAGGGUGACCGUGGGGACCCGGGGCCCCCCGGACCCCCAGGACGAGCUGUAAGUUCUGCCUCCCUCUUCUCCGUGCCCAUGGGCUGGUGUCCAGCCCCGUGUGCUCCAGCAGCUCCUCUCUGUCCCACAGGUCGAUGCUGGGGGGACCCUGGGGACCCGGGUGAGGACGGCGCCAAGGGUGCCCGGGGUGAUGCUGGCUCCCCUGGAGUGCCUGGAGAGAGGGGUGUGGAGGGCCCCCGUGGCCCCCCUGGCACACGGGGUGACCCUGGGGACCGAGGCCUGCCAGGAGAGAAGGGGGACCGAGGCCCGCCAGGGCUGGAUGGCCGCAACGGGCUGGAAGGCAAACCUGGGCCCCCAGGGUCCGCUGGGCUACGGGGGGAUCCAGGAAAGCAGGGAGAUCCUGGCCGGGAUGGGCUGCCUGGGCUGCGUGGGGAGCAGGGACCACCUGGCCCUGUGGGUCCCCUGGGACCACCUGGCGUGCCUGGCAAACCCGGUGAGGAUGGCAAACCUGGCCUGAAUGGCAAGAAUGGAGAAGAUGGGACACCAGGAGAAGAUGGGAGAAAGGGAGACAAAGGUGAUGCAGGACUGCCUGGGAGAGAGGGCCGCAGUGGUGCCAAGGGCGAGCAGGGGGACAGAGGUGUGCCAGGCCCCCUCGGCCCCCCUGGCCUCCCCGGUGUCCCAGGGCAGGUUGGCCCCCCAGGCCAGGGCUCCCCAGGCCUCCGUGGGGUGGCUGGACCAAAGGGGGACCCAGGGGAGCCUGGACUGCGAGGGGAGCCGGGGCGACCUGGCAGCCCUGGAGCACGUGGAGACCCUGGGACUACAGUGAACAUUGAACGUAGCCUGGAAGCACUUGGCAUCAAGGUUUCAUCCCUGAAGGAGCUCACGGGUGCUUAUGACGGGAGCUCAGACUCGUUUCCGCCGGUGGUCGAGCGGCUGCGGGGCCAGAAGGGCAGUCGGGGGGAUCCAGGAGAAAGGGGGCCCCCAGGCCGAGAGGGCUCCUUAGGCUUCCCUGGUGAGCGAGGACCCAAAGGUGACAAGGGAGACCCAGGUACCCCCGGCCCCCAGGGCCCCAUGGGCCGGGCCGUGGGUGAGCGGGGUCCCGAGGGCCCGCCUGGGCAGCCAGGGGAGCCUGGCAAGCCAGGCAUUCCUGGGGUGCCGGGCCGGGCUGGGGAGCUGGGGGAAUCCGGGAGGUCCGGCGAGAAGGUGAGGCGUGACCGAGGCGAGAAGGGCGACCGAGGAGAGCAGGGAAGGGAUGGCUUGCCUGGACCCCCAGGGCCCCCAGGGCCCAAGGUGGACGUGGUGGAGGGCAGCCUGAUGGGCCUCCCAGGCGAACGCGGCCCCCUCGGACCCAAAGGAGCCAAGGGUGAGCCCGGAGCUGAGGGCGAGCGGGGACCCAAAGGAGACAAGGGUGAAGGUGGCUUGAGGGGUGAUCGAGGGGAGCCUGGCGAGAAGGGCAGGGAUGGCAGCCCCGGUCUCCCGGGUGAGAGAGGGCUGGCAGGCCCUGAGGGGAAGCCGGGCUUGCCAGGCUUUCCUGGUGUGCUGGGACGCCCGGGCAGCGCUGGCCCACCAGGGACCCAGGGCCCAGCUGGUGCCAAGGGCUUGCCUGGCCCCCAGGGCAAUAUGGGCCUGCCAGGACCCCUUGGUCCCCCGGGCCCAGGGGGCCCGCCGGGUGUCCCUGGGCUGCCAGGACAAGUGGGGGAGAGCGGGAAGCCAGGCGUGCCGGGCAGGGACGGUGUGCCAGGGAAGGACGGCGAGGCAGGAAUGCCUGGGAAGAUGGGCUUACCGGGACCUUCGGGGCCUGCUGGUCCCAAGGGAGAGCCAGGGGAUGCUGGAGCCCCAGGGCAGGCCAUCACCGGCCCCCCUGGAGCCAAGGGAGAGAAGGGUGAGCCGGCGCUGCUGGAGGGUGUGCUGCUGGGAGAGCCCGGCUCCAAGGGUGACCGAGGCUUGCCAGGCCCCAAGGGUGAGAAGGGGGAGCCAGGAAAGCUUGGAGAGCCAGGAGAUCCUGGGGAAGAUGGAGCCAAGGGAUCCUCUGGAGCCAAAGGAGAGAAGGGAUCGCUGGGCGUUGGUGCACGGGGACCACCAGGACAGGAUGGGCCUCCAGGUUUGAAGGGCAUACAAGGGGCCCCUGGCCUGAAGGGUGACAAGGGUGCUCCAGGGGCUGGGCUGCCAGGAGCCAGAGGUGAACGUGGUGACCCGGGACCACGGGGUGAGGAUGGGCGCCCAGGGCCAGAAGGGGAUCGUGGGCCAGCAGGCUUGCCUGGGAACCGCGGGGAGCGUGGGGACAAGGGAGACCUUGGGGCCCCAGGACCCAAAGGAGACAAGGGCGAUACUGUGGUGGUGGAGGGGCCGCCUGGAGCACGGGGCAGCAAGGGGGAGCCGGGAGAGCGUGGCCUGAAGGGCACAGAAGGGGACAAGGGGGACAAGGGGGAGCAAGGCAUGCUUGGAGAGAAGGGCACGAGGGGUGAACAAGGAGAGAAGGGCUCCAUGGGUUUCCCUGGGGCACGUGGCCCUAGCGGGCAGAAGGGAGAGGUUGGAGCGCCAGGAGAGCCUGGAGAGCCGGGCCAGCCUGGUCGUGAUGGCAUCCCCGGGGCCCGGGGGGAGAAGGGGGACACGGGACCCCUGGGCAUGCGUGGCCUCAAGGGUGAGCGGGGCAUGAAAGGUGCCUGUGGCCUCAAUGGGGACAAGGGCGAGAAGGGAGAGCCGGGGAUCCCGGGGCGCUCGGGACUGUCAGGGAGGAAAGGAGAGCCGGGAGAGCUGGGUCUGUCAGGACCACCGGGCAUUCCUGGAAAGGAAGGGCUCAUGGGACCCAAGGGUGACCGGGGAUUUGAUGGGCAGCAGGGAGCCAAAGGAGACCAGGGGGAGAAAGGAGACCGGGGUGCCCCGGGUGUUAUGGGUGGCCCUGGUCCCCGGGGCAGUGACGGUGCUCCUGGCCCCCCUGGGCCCUCAGGGAGCGUUGGCCCAAGAGGUCCUGAGGGCAUGCAGGGCCAGAAGGGGGAGAGAGGCCCCCCUGGGCAGUCAGUGCCGGGUGCACGUGGCAUACCUGGCAUCCCUGGUGAGAGAGGAGAGCAGGGCAGUCCUGGCCCCCACGGGCUCCGUGGGGAGAAGGGGGAGCCAGGAAUGACGGAGGAGGAGAUCCGUGCCUUCGUCAGGCAGGAGAUGAGCCAGCACUGUGGGUCCUCCUCCACUCAGCCAUUCCUUGCUGGCAGCGCUCACAUAGUUCCUGUGCUCAAGUUAUCACACACAGAGGAGGAUGAGGGGCAGGACAGGCAGAUCAUGCUCGACAAUGAUGACCUCGUGUAUGACAGCAUGGAUGGGGAGGAGGAGGACUACGAUGAGGUCCCAGAGAUGGACAGCUUGGAGCAGCCCACAGUGGAUGCUGAGCCCUGCCGGCUGCCGCUGGACGAGGGGCACUGCCAGCGCUACACCCUGCGCUGGUACUACAACCAAAGAGUCACCGAGUGCCGGCCCUUCGUCUACAGCGGCUGCCGGGGCAACCCCAACCGCUUCGACAGCAAGGAGGAGUGCGAGCUGCGCUGCGGGCAGCGCCCAGGGCCAGAUUCCCGUGGCAGUGCCGGCAGCAAGGUGGGAGGGCAGCCAAAGGUGUAGGUGCAGGCAGUGUCUCGGCAGGCUGGGCUGCCUGGAACUGGGGCCCAGUGCUGCCCUGGCUGGGGCUGGGCUGCCCGUGCUGG